UCCCAUGGAACAUCAUGGAAUCCCAUGGAACAUCAUGGAAUCCCAUAGAACAACACAGAAUCUUCUAGUUGCUGACAAAUGAUUACAAAUGAUUACAAAUGCCAAUGUAUAUAGAACAUUCCAGGAGCCAGCAGCCUGUCUAUAAAGGCAGCCUGCCCUUCUGCUCAGAUAACUCAUGCUUGCAAUUCAAAACUCAAUCCACUCCUUCAACUCACCUCAACAACUCCUUCCUCAACUCACUCCCCACUGAUCCUUUGUGGUAUUCCCACACUUGAUCCCUUCUUUAUCACUUAUCCUUUUUACCACUUGUGGUAUCCCCACACUUGGUCUCCUCUACACCCUUAUCUCCAACAAGCCUGA